AUGUCUUCGAUGCUCCCCUUUCUUGAGGUGAGCAAUCUUGCUGCCUCAUCCUCCUUCUACUCAACAGUCACCCAUCCGCUGGGCCUGCGGUAUAUCUCUGCAGCCAGUCCUUCCCCUGACAUACCAGGCUCGCCAUCCAUCGUCUACGGCAUAGCCACCUUGCCCCCGCUGCCAGUUUUCGAGCUACGCCAGGUUAGGCCGACUUCAGCUCGGCCUCUCAAGCUCUCGCGUAUCGUCUUCUCUGCAGCCUCUCCGGGGGCCGUCAGGGACUUCCGGGCGCUGGUCCAGAGAAUCAAGGGAGUGGACUCGGGCGCCAUACAAGUUGGCGACUACCCCGAGCCUGAAGAGUCAUCCUUUGGGGCAGAGCUUGUGCAGUCGAAGACUGGCGCGGAUCCCACCGAGACGGACCUCGACGGCAACAUUAUCAAGAUGGAGGUUGUAUAUGUGCCUCCAGUGCAGGACUAUCCGGAAUGGUAUGGUGGUUCGACCGUCAGGAAGACCCAAUCAACCCAUAGUGAGGCCAGUCGCAUCCUUCACUGGAAUUACGACGUUGCUUGCGAUUCGGCCGCAAGCAUGUCUUUUGCGCCACUCGCGCCGGCCUCGCCAAGUCUGGUGUCACCCAGGCAGCCCGGCCGGUACGAUGAGCGCCCUUCCAUUCUGCGCCGCAGUGUCACAACCACCACCACCUUACUCGAACCGAUGGACCCCACGGAAUCGCCGUCACAGAGCUCUCACGGCCUCAGCGCUGUCGGGGCAGCUCUCAUGGGAGUCGCAGCCGGCGCCGCCCUCGGGGCCGGGAUCACGUAUGGCGUAGUCAGGGGCUCGCAAGGCUUUGAACAGCCGAUGGCUCAGCGUCGGUCGACAUUUCCACGCCCGUAUCCAGACUCUCGCAGCCCGCGCGAAGGCGGUACGUCGGUAGCGGACCGCCGGCCGCCUCCCACCCUUAUGUCAAGGCACUCAUACUCCCAGGCACCACCAGCCGGGAACAGAGACGCCGGCGUUGACUAUGACGACGCCCGUAGCCGACGUUCUAGGCCGUCUGGUGCACCCAGUAUCCGCACGCGCAGCGAGCUAUCGACCAACCGCAAGCCGCUCCUGUUGACAGACGUUGGCAGCCGUAGCCACGCAAGCUCCAGGUCCAGUGCAAGGACGGGCGAGAUGGAGGAUGUCUUGGUGCCAGACCAUCGCAGUCACACCAGCUCGAGACAUACGUCCAGAUCGUCGAAGCACCCGCCCUCGGUUCGCCGGAGCAGUACGUACGACGUACCCGAGGGCGACGGCUAUAGCUAUGUUUCAGCGGCGAGCCAUCGCACACAAAGCACUGUUCGUGGGCCGCCAGCAGCGCAGUCCGAACAUGCAUCCCGGGCGGCAUCGAAGGCGAACAGCCGGAUGUCUGCCGCAACGCCGCGGAGGCCUGAUAGCUAUGUCUCCGCAAGACGUGUCCCGCUGCCCGCGAGUGGUGCAGGGAGCAGCUAUGCGGAUGAUGACCUGGAGAGUCUUGCACCUAGUGACAGCAUCAGUUGUGUGGGUAUUCCAAGGAGUGAGAGGUUGUAUCAAUGA